AUGGACAUAAUUGGAAAAAUAUAUCCUCCAUCAUCUAAAAAACAUAGUUUCAUAUUGGUUGCUACGGAUUAUUUCACCAAGUGGGUCGAAGCCGCCUCGUAUAAGAACAUAACUCAGAAAGUAGUAAAGGAAUUUAUAGAGGAAAGAAUUAUUCAUCGAUAUGGAAUACCAGAAACAAUAACGGCAGAUCAGGGUACUGUAUUUACUGGUCAAGAAGUUUUGGGGUUUACCAGAUCCAGGGGAAUCAGGAUGCUUCAUUCAACUCCUUACUACGCUCAGGCGAAUGGGCAAGCGGAGGCAUCUAAUAAGGUUAUUAUUAAUCUUAUUAAAAGGCAUUUGGAAGAAAACCCUAGAGAAUGGGAUUCACUCUUAUCGACAGUAUUAUGGGCCUAUAGAACAUCGAGGAGGUCAAGUACGGGAGUAAGCCCAUACAUGUUAACUUAUGGCCAGGAAGCUGUGCUACCUGUAGAAAUUACAGUACAAUCAUUAAGGGUAAAAUUACAAGGGGGCAUGACCAAGGAAGAAUAUGACGAAUUGAUGUAUGGAAACAUUGAGGAAUUGGGAGAAAACAGAGUCAUGGCUUUGGAGAAAUUAAUUGCUCAGAAGAAUAGAGUUGCUAAAGCAUACAACAAACAUGUGAAGGAAAAACGCUUCAACGUUGGUGACUUAGUUUAUAAAACUAUUUUGCCAGUGGGUUUGAAUAAUGAAAAGUUUGGAAAAUGGUCACCAAAUUGGGAAGGUCCAUAUUUAGUUACACAAAUUUUAAGUGGAAAUGCUUAUCAUUUGAUGGAUAUUGACGGGCUUGAAGAAAUGCCUAGAUCAAUCAACGGAAAAUACUUAAAGAAAUAUUACCCUACUAUGUGGGAGAUGAAGGAAAAUGAAGAAAUUGAUAGUCAUUCAACAUAA